CGAGGCAGCAUACGCUAGCUAGGAAAACACUACCCAGUCAAUUCUCCCAUAUCUAGGCUUUUCUGUGCUCCGUUCCAUCAUUCUCUUGCUUGUCAUUAUGCCCGUAUUCCCAACUAUACUCAAGCCCCUCCUGGGCACGGUUGUUGGUGUUAUAGGAAUCUAUGCCGCCUUUGUAUCUCUCCUCACGAUUCCCACGCUGCAGGACCACGUCAUCUAUCUGCAUAGAGUAACACUCACAUGGUCCCAAGACAUCAACGUUCCGGAGCAGUGGGGUUUUCUGCGUAAUCAAGUAUCGCCUUUCCACCUCAAAACCCCAGAUGGAGAGAAUCUACAUGCGUGGCAUGUCUUGCCCCUCGAAACCUACCGUCAACAUCAGGACGAACUUCGGAAAGAGUCUACAGGUCUUUGUCUGGACAUAAAAGAACGGCUUUCAUUCAAGCUGCUCAAAGAUGAUCCCACUGCUCACGUGGUAAUCUAUCUGCAUGGAGCUGGAGGAACUUUGGGUUCUGGUUGGAGACCUCAAAGCUACCGAGCUUUGUCGGCAGCUUCAACUAAUGUUCACGUUCUCGUUAUCGACUAUCGCGGGUUUGGGACCAGCACGGGGUGGCCUUCGGAAGCUGGACUGCUCACAGAUGCUCUCACGCUGGUAAACUUCGCCAUGAAGAGCGUCGGUGUCCCUGCGGAGAGGAUAGUCGUGUUUGCUCAAUCGCUUGGUACAGCUGUGGCGUUGUCUCUCACACACCACCUUGCGCUCCAGUCGCCUCCCGUUAUAUUCGCGGGCAUUGUGCUUGUUGCACCGUUCGCCGACAUAGGGUCCUUGACCGAAACGUAUAAAGUUUCUGGGACUAUCCCUUUGCUGUCUCCGAUUGCAUUCUUUCCUAAGCUUCUGGCGCUUCUCAACCGUUUCAUAAUCAGUAAAUGGCCAUCUAAGGAGAACUUGGCCGCUAUGAUCCGCCAUCUAGACACUAUCAAUGUCGAUCAUCGACAACGCAAGUAUGAUAUCACACUUGUUCAUGCUGAGGACGACUUCGACAUACCAUGGAUUCACUCAGAUGUUUUAUUCUGGCAUGCGGUCAAUGCUACACUUGAACCGUCAUCAAGUUUGUCCUUCGGCGAACUAGAGAGAGUGAAGGCGAGAGAGAAAGUGCCGCUUGGUGCUGGUGGUUGGGAAAUAGAAUGGCGAGGAAAGGGUGGCGUAAUACGUGAACAGAUCGUCGAGCAUGGACUUCACGACCGCAUCAUGAGUUAUCCGGUUGUCAGUCUUGCGGUAUCCAGGGCUUUUCACAUUCAGGACGAAGUAUGAGUAUUGUCCUUCGAAGCAAACGUCUAUCACUACUCUGAUGACUUACUGGAUAGAUAGAGCCAAGUCGAUUACUAUUAUUGAGAUAUUUUAUGAUACCAGAACGCAAACGAGCUGGACAAAUUGCCUAUACGAAUAUUUCUAAGAUGAUCUAUAAGACGCGAUUAGUCUUCAUACGAAUUGUAAGAAUGUUCUGUACCGGAUGGUGCGUAAGGUGAGUGGGUACGAAAACACCAAACAGGAUCGGUGACUCAGGUGAUGUAGUUUCUUCCCAAAAAGAAUAGGUAGAACUGAAUUGGUUUUGUUGGCAUUGGAUAUACUAAUCUUAAUCUAUG